AUGGAGCACAUUAGCCAGCACCUUGCGGUCUGGGCGGCUGAUGUUAGCCCGAAUGACGACGGGCUGGCCGUCCUGGGGCUCAGAACCGACAUCGUUGGAUCUCUACGGGCCUACGGCCUGGAGACCCCAUCUGCUCUUCAGAAAACUGCAUCCAGAUUGAUUUCGAACCACCGCGACCUGUAUGUGGAAGCACCGUCGGGUCAAGACCGCUCUGAGACCCUCGUCAUCAAUCUUCUCCGCCACAUCGACACCACAUCUCCCACCACACAAGCCAUAGUUCUCGUGUUCACCGACCAGCUCGCCCGUGAGCUUGAUACCCUUGUCCGUGCCAUGGGCCGGCAGCUUGCCAUCAAAUGCCACUGUUGUGGCAGCGAAGACGACCCCGCGUCCGAUGAGAAGGCUCUGGUAUCCGGAACCGCCAUUGUUAUUGGCACUGCGGAGCGCCUUGCACAUCUUUGCGCGGACGGUUAUCUGAACAAGGACGGUCUGAAGCUGCUUGUGCUGGAUGACGCCGAUGAUGUCCUGGACACAUCAAUGGAGCAUUUCCUUGACAUUUUCCAUUCUGUUCGCGGCCCCCAUUUUCAGAUCUGUCUCUACUACUGGGACUUGUCAUUCCAAUUCCAGGAUUGGACCUUCCGCCGCCUGGUUAACUCUCCUGUGCAGAUCUACGGCAAUCUUCCUGUUUAA